CGUGCUAAGCGACGCCCGUCUCGUCUGCGAUGGACAUCAAUGGAGCACAUGACGAGCUUCUGCAAGCAGCAACUGCGUUCGACCAGUUUUCUCGAGAUCGACUUCCCAAGACUUUUGAGUCUUUGACAGCAAGCAUGGAGUGACCUUUGGGUGGUUGGGGUAAGUGAGAGACUGGAGUUGUGGUAGUGUGGCAAUAACAUGCAGACCUGUGGAAACAGUCUGGCUUUUUGUGGACAGUCCUUUCCUCUUCCUUUUUGCCACCUACUGCAUGGAUCCAACAGGAAGAAGGCCCUAGCAAAACGCCAGUGGAGGUAGAAGAAGAGAGGCCGAGAGCUAAAGAGAGCCAUGGUUUGUUUCUCCUUCGUGAAACGCUGGAUCUGGUUGUUAAUGGAGUCUCUGAGUUCAGCUCCCAAAAUAUCACUGAAGAACUGAUCGGGAUGGAUCUCAUUAAUCUGUUCCUCUUUCUAUUCGGCGGAGAGCAAUAGCUUUCCAUGGAUCAGCUCUAUGAUGAUGAGCCCUGUUCUUGGUAUAAGAUCAUGGGUGGCUGAAAAGAAAUCAAUGAUUGCAGAAAGAAUCAAAUGAAUGAUUACAAUCAUCCAUAUUGAAUCCUAUCCGAUUAACUAUUUGUGCCAAAGUUUCAUCUUCAUCUGCUCAGCCACUGAUCUCAAGUAGUGACCAGAGUGAAGCUGCUGUUCAUCAACACAGCAUCUAAGAACAUCUUUCUUCUUAGAGAAUUAAGAUCGACACAAGCAGCAGCAUAUCGAUCUUAAUGGUUGUCGAUGGAUUUUGUGACAAUUAUCUUAUGGCAAGGAGGAAAAGUUGGUUUGAUCGAGUGAAGAGAUUCUUUGUCUCCGAUUCUAAUGCAAAGACAGAAAAGAAGGAGAGGAGAAGGAGAUGGCUGGUCUUAAGGCUCAAGUCCAAAUGCUCGCCGGCCCUUCCAGUUCCAUCAACGAUGAACGCGAGAUCACUCAAGGAAGCAGAAGAAGAGCAGAGCAAGCACGCAAUGGCGGUUGCAGUCGCGACUGCAGCAGCUGCUGAGGCCGCUGUUGCUGCUGCUCAGGCUGCUGCUCAGGUGGUUCGCCUUACCGGAAAUCCACCUUACCAUCAGAGACUUGAAACUGCAGCUAUUAAGAUUCAAGCUACCUUUCGUGGACACCUCGCAAGAAAAGCUUUGCGAGCAUUGAAGGGCUUGGUUAGGCUGCAGGCUCUUGUUCGUGGCCAAGCGGUGAGGCGUCAGACCAGUCUUACUCUCCAGGGUUUGCAGUCACUGAUGAGGAUUCAGUCAAAGGCCUGUGCUAGCAGAUCGAGAGCUUCGGAAGAACAAGCUUGUGAACUUAAAGAAAUCGUUCAUGCCAGGCCCAAGGAAUCAGAUGACCUGAAGUUGACACUUCAUAAGAACAGUGAGAGAAGAUGGGACAGCAGCAUAUUGUCCAAGGAAGAGAUCAAUGCCAUACUCAGAAGCAGGAGAGAGGCUGCAGUAAAGCGAUUGAGAGCUUUGGAGUAUGCCUCUUCAUAUCAGGAGAGAAGGAAUGCCCAGAGACCAUCGACACCAACAGGCAAAGAAGUGCAGGCUGAUGACCUGAACAACAGGUGGAGGUGGCUCGAAGAGUGGGUUGGGGCACAACCACUGGACAAAGAUGUCGUGGAGAUCAAUCCCCUGCCAGUCCCAGAGAAAGGUUAUCGUGAUCAGCCAAGCCCUGUACCGGGCUCACUCGUUUUGGACAAGGAGAAAGCAGAGGAAGCUCAACUGAGAGACUUGGCCAGAAGGUCAUUCAUCAGGUCAAGAACAACCUCUGUCAGAGACGAUGACUCCUUCUCAAGCUCUCCUUCCUUCCCCAGCUACAUGGCAUCCACAGCAUCCACCAAGGCACGGUUCAGGUCGAUGAGCACGCCGAAACAGCGGGCGGGCGCCGGCGACGUCUGCUUCGAUCAGUUCACCCCCUACUCAAACAAGAUACUGUCACCAUUCCAUUCUGUCGUCAGCGACAUAAGCCUCAGCAGCAAGUCCAGCAAACCUCCAUUGGCUCAUCAGAGAUCGCCGCGCCUGAAAGGUCAAGCGGCUCCGGUGAGGUCUCACAGGCCUUCCAUCGAUCUCAGCUUCGAUUCCCAGUGCCCAGUUGCGAACUGGGAUCAGCACGGCGCCUUCAGGUGAUCUGCCUACAGGGGUGUAGAUAAAGCAGCUCGAAAGCAGUGAUUUUGGGUUGGAGUUCUUGCGGGAAACUUGUUUGAAGUCUUCUUUUGCCGGUGUUGGUUUUGGGUUUGCAGCUCCUACAUUUUGGCAGCUACCGCAUGCAUAUACAUGAUAUAUAUAUGAUCUUUACUGAUAUGUCUCUCUGCGCUUAAACCUUUUCUCUUCGUUUUUUGGUGGUGGAAAACAAAUCUAUGUUUCACCAAUUAAUAAAAUGGUUUUGUUUUGUGCAAGAA